GAUUGAUAUUAAUGUAGAUACGUGUAUAUAAUCAUGUAGAUAAUGUGCUUUUAUAAAUAGUGCAUGUUUAGUUAGUGUAAGUGUAUAUAUAUCAUUUAUGUGUAUAAUGCGUUAAUCAAAUAAUUCAACCCUAUAAUAAUAACUUCCUUGUUUUGGGGGGUUUUUUUACCAUAGCGCUUCCUGUGCUAUUUUUUGAUAUUGGAAAAACCCAAAUGUUACUUAUAAUAACAUCCUAUAAACCCUUUGACUAUGGAUAGAAGCAGACGAUCCAGUAAUACAGACAUAUUAUGAGGAAUUAAUAAGCCUAGGACGACAAAAGAAUAGAAGACAAGACCAUCAACAGGAACAAAAUGGGGACGAAACACACUCGUCUGCUUAUCUUGUGUGUUACGAUUGCUAUAGAAUUGGUCCGUUUUAUUAAACAGCUAGUACUUAGCAAUACUGAAGCUGUUAUUUUUAACUCUCAUUUAAAAACUCAGUUUAGUCCAUAUCGUUUGCAUUACGUUCUCUUUGUUCUAUAUUUGGUACCUUCUCUCCUUAAAAUUACAAACGGACAUCAACCUGAUUUCAAAUGGGAAUAUUUGAAAAAGUGUGACAUAUUAAGAUUUGUACAUAGACAAGUUUUACAUGCGUUCUGUUUGGAUGAUUACAUUCGGGAUAUUCACCAAGGCAACCUAAAUCGACAUGAAUUGAUGAGACAUGAAUGGGCUAGAUUUGUUUCUUUCAACAACUUUCCACAGGCAGUAUCACAUGCUCCAUCAGGCUUGAUACUUGCAAGGGAUGGCUUUUACUAUACAGAUGUUGAUACAAUUGUUGAAUGUUUCUGCUGUAGACAAAGAUUUGAUGCAUCAAUACGAGAAAAUACAAACGUAGUGCAUUGUCAUCAUUCGGAAACUUGCGCAUUUGCACUUAACAGUAGCAAUACAAACGUUCCUGUUAAUGGCGAAAGAGAAAACCGUAGUACAUAUUCUAAUGGCAAUGUCGAACGCUUCAAUAGCUCCAUGUAUACAACAGUACAAUCACGACUGGCUUCCUACCAUAAUUGUCUUAUAGGAUUAUCGGGAAUAACCUCAAGUUUAGCAAAUGCUGGAUUUUAUCAUUCUGGCGGCACAGAUAGUCAAAUUACAUGUUUUGCAUGCGGGCUGAGACUUCCAAGACGGGAACUUGAGAACGACCCAUGGAGAAUACACGCGUUGCAUUCUCCAAACUGUCUUCACGUGAUUAGAACUAGAGGGACUGACUUUGUCCGAUCGCUUACAACUGAACAGAAUCGAUGUAGUAACCAAGCAACGGAAGAAUCAGAUGGAUUAAUUUACAUGCAUGAGGUGCAAAGACUGGUGCAAAAAGGGCAUGAUUUUGACAGGGUAAUGGAUGCAAUUCAACAGUUACGACGUCUUAAUGGAGACAGAGAAAUAUCGGCAAUGGAUAUUCUUGAAUACAUCAAUAGGACAGAGCCUAAUCUGACCGAACCUAAUGCAGACAAUUUCCUCUCCUCUGCCCUUAGACAGUUUUUCAUGAAAAAGAAAGAAGAAAAUAUGGUUACAGAAAAAGACAGGUUGCAGAACGAACUUCUCCGGCUGCAGGAUGAAGUCGUCAGAUUAAAGCGGGAAAAAGUCUGUAAAGUGUGUUUGGAGAAGGAUAUGUGCAUCGUGUUUCUACCGUGCGGUCAUCUCGUAGCUUGUGACGAUUGUGCUCCACGUGUAAAAAAAUGUCCUGUUUGUAGAGCCAUUAUCAAGGGUACUGCGAGAACAUAUUUGUCAUGACGCUGAUCCUGCUUUAGCCGAAAGUAAUCCGUCUUAACGUUCAAGUCUGAUGGACUUUAUUUAAUAUUGUUAUCCCAUAAAGUAUGAUGGUUCGUUCCAAAUUCAAACCUUGUCAAGAUCAGUUUUUAAAUUAUAUGUUAAUUUUCCAGAUAUUCAGUACGUUUUGGUUUAUUAUUAGACAAAAUCAGUUAUCUAUCCUGAACAGUGGUUAGAACAUGCAUAUGUUAAAUUAAUCAAAUUAAAACAAAAAUCUCAUUUUCUCUGUUUUGUGCCGUUUUUGACAGAUUGGAAAGAUUGUUUGUUUUAACUGUGUAAAUGUGGUUUGAAGAAUAAUUUUGUUAUAAUAAUGGCUAAAAUUUCUUUAUUAUGGUUUAAUAAGUUCAAAAAACUUUGUUUUAACUGUGUAAAUGUGGUUUGAAGAAUAAUUUUGUUAUAAUAAUGACUUAAAUUUCUUUAUUAUGGUUUAAUAAGUUCAAAAAACUUUCAUUCACCUGACCCUACCUUGAUCAAUUAUUUAUAUGCAUGCAUGUCGGCUAGUAGGUACACGCUCAUCUGGUAAUAUAAUGUUAUACUUUAUAGUUUAUAUCAUUUGUAUGCGCACAAAACGAUUGUCUCAUAAAAUAUCUUGCACGGUUUUUACCAUUUAGCACAUCUCAACAUCUUAAUGACAGAAUUGUUAAUAGAUAUUAAUUAUGAUGAAAAAAUAGACGUAACUGUAAAAGACGUGUCUUUUAUUAUGAAAGACAAGAUGUUAAUAAGGUGUCUGUUUAGUAACUGUUAAGAAUAACAUGUGUAUGUCCACAGUAAAACAAUAUGUCUGAUAAUUAUAUUAUUGCAAAGUUUGUUAACAUUGAAUGAUGAUAAGACAGGAUAUUGUUAAUUCAAUCCAUGCACCACUGGGUCGGAAUCUUCAAUAUUUCCAUGUUAAAUAAUUGCCUAGACAUUGCUGUAUUCACAAGAAUGAUUGUUGUUGUUGCUUGUAUUAUAUAUCAAGUUUAAUGUUUUCAAAUAUCACCAAUAUAUGCCGACUGUUCUGUAUGUUAAGGAAAUGUAUUUGGAUGAUGAUAACAUAAUGAUAUUAUGAAGACUAUAAUCUUCUUUAGUUAGCCGGUGCUAGAGGGCGUGAUAAAUAUUGAUUAUUUUCUUUGUUUUUCACGAACAGACUCAAUCAAACCGGGUCUGCAAUUUUAACAUAAAUGUAUGUUUCCAUUGCCUUCGAAGGAUCUCCACUUUUUAGAAUUGUUAAAAACACAAAUUUAGGUGUCAGAUGAUGUAUGAUAAUUAUUGAUGUAUGAUAAUUUUUGCUGAUUUUUCGAGGUCAAUGAAACAAAACCAUUUAGUGUUAAAGAUUGAAUACUGCUUAAGCUGGAGCUAAAGAAUGUAAGAGAUGUUGCACUUUUCGUGGGUGUUGCACACAAACAGUUUCUGCGACUUUAACUAUUUAAUUAUACCUAUAUUCGUACGAUCUCCGUUUAGUUUCAAAAGAAUUAAAAGAUAUUUUUGGAGGAAAAAAACACGAUAACAACUUGAUAAUCUUUGUUAUAUCAAACAAGAAUGUUUUAAUUCAUGUCAUGUUGUUCACAAAUGAAUAUUCGUAUGAUGUUAUAUGAAAUUCAAAUUGUCAGAUAUUGUAUUGAUUGCUUGUAUAAGUGUAUAUUGUUUCAUGAAUGUGACAAUAAAAUGAGUAAUUGAAAGUUGAAA